AUGGCACACCGAGUGCCCAAGAGCGGAAUUGAAGUACUAGGAGGGGCGGGAGCCGACGUGUUCCUCCAAGAACCACCAGGAAACUCCAGGGAAGACACCUGCACACAAGAGAGCAUAAGACACAGGGUCCAGUACCGGCGUAAUCCAGUCGGGAACUCCAGGAGCGGCCUCUUCUGGGCCGAUGUGGGCAGGAGCGGCCUCCUAUUUGGGGCCGACAAGGCCUGGAGCUUAAGCGAGAUGUGGCUGAGCUGGAGCUUGACACAGCUGGGUGGCCAGUGCAGCAGAGGUCAGAACAGGCAGCUCCGUACUUCCACCAACUUCCUCAUUCUCUCUCUGGCUGUGUCAGAUUUCCUAGUGGGCCUCAACAUGUUACAUCAAAUUAAUCUUGUAAAUGGUUGCUGGCUCUUCAAUGACCAGAUGUGCACCCUGUAUUUUGUUGUAGACUGGAUUGGUACCUGUACAUCAAUAGGAAUCAUGGUGCUCAUAUCUAUUGACCGUUAUGUGGCCAUCUGUCACCCUCUGCAUUACUCCACCCAGGUCACACCUAAAAGAGUUCAGGCGUGUGUGUCACUGUGUUGGUUCUGGUCUGUGUUCUAUGCCAGCAUAAGGAUGAAAGAUGAAUUACAACAACCAGGCAGGUUCAAAUCCUGUGAUGGAGAGUGUGUUUGUUAUAACAGUGUUAUUUAUCAGUUGAUGGACUUUAUUAUUAUCUUCAUUCUUCCUAUUACUAUUAUUGUUGUUCUGUAUAUCAGAGUAUUUGUAGUGGCUGUAGCUCAGGCUCGAGCCAUGAGGUCCCACAUUGCAGCCUUCUCACACUAUCGUUCAGUGAGUGUAACAGCUACAAAGUCUGAGUUAAAGGCAGCCUGGACUCUGGGUAUCGUUAUAGUUGUGUUUAUAAUAUGCAUGUUUCCAUAUUUUUGUGUCACAGUCACAGGCCAGGAUGCUGUGGUCAAUGCUUCAUCUGCGUCCUUUAUUUUAUGUCUGUACGACUCCAACUCCUGCUUCAACCCCCUGCUGUAUGCCUGCUUUUACCCCUGGUUUAGAAAAUCUAUCAAGCUUAUUGUUACACUUCAGAUUGUGAAGCCUGGCUCUUCUGAGAUAAACAUGCUGUAGAGGGAAGAGGCCUGUCUGUUAUUAAAGGUUAAACCUGAACGCUACAGCAGCCAUAGAGUCACCAAAGCACUAUUCUUCUUUUUGGUGAUAACAUGCUUUUGAAUCAAAUCAAAGUAAAACAUCAGUAAAUCUACCAAAUAAAUAGUCUGUAAUGGAUGCAGCUACUGUUCAACUUUCUUCGGCUACACGUGUUUUGAUCAUGUGUCUGUCAGCGUCACAGUAAAAACCUAUAGAACACUUCACUGGCUUGUGCUGCUCUUUUCAAAUAUCUGUACUAUAAUUUUUGCCUUUUUCACACAUGGUUUGACUGUGUUGGUAAAUCCUAUAGUCAUAAAUCCUGAUACGUGGAUCUCAGGGAAUAUUGGCACUCUUACUAUUACACUAUUAAAGACAGACAAUACGCAUGCGACAGAUAUAUGCACCUUUUUGAUUUCAUAAUCAAAAAGUUGUAGUGUCAAGGUUCUGCACCACUUUCUGGUUUGUA